ACUUUCAAUUUUAUUGUCCGUUUCGGUAAUUAAUAGUCCGAAUUUUAAACAAAUUCUUUCAAGUUAAACUCUUGCCCUGAAGAAUUUGUUUAAAAUCCGGACGGUUGCGGUGGAGGAGCGGUAAAAGAGAGGUGUGGGCAGUGGAAGAAUUUGUUUAAAGUCCGGACUGUUGCGGUGGAGGAGCGGUAACAGUAGCCUUCCGGGCUUAAAAAUUGACUCUCAACCCGUCCACAUCCACACCCUGCAUCUCUUCAAGCAUACACAGAGAGAGAGAGAGAGAGAGAGAGAGAGAGAGAUGGGACAAGAGGUUUAUCUUCCUCUAUUUGAAACGAAGGCAGCCAAAGGACGCGUCGCAUACAAACUGUAUUCGUUAUCAGUGUUCGUGGGUAUCUUCUCGAUAUGGGUUUUCAGAGCGGGUCAUCUACCACCAGCAGAAACCGAGCGUGGGAGAAGAUGGGGUUGGAUCGGAUUGUCCAUGGCCGAGCUCUGGUUCAGUUUCUACUGGUUCCUCACUCAGUUCGCUCGAUGGAAUCCCGUCUAUCGCUCCACCUUCAAACACCGCCUUUCUCAGAGCUACAGAUACGAGAAGGAAUUGCCAGGGGUGGAUGUGUUCGUGUGCACAGCAGACCCAACGAUAGAGCCACCAAUCAUGGUGGUCAACACCGUCUUAUCCGUCAUGGCUUACGAUUACCCGCCGGAGAGGCUGGCCGUUUAUCUCUCCGACGACGCGGGAUCGGAAUUAACAUUCUACGCAUUGUUAGAGGCGUCCCGAUUCGCCAAGCACUGGCUGCCGUUCUGCAAGAAGUUCAAAGUCGAACCGAGGUCUCCCGCUGCGUACUUUACCACCGUUGAUCGUGAUGACCAAGAACUGUUGGGUGAUGGUGGUGAAUAUCGGUCGUCUGUCAAGAAAAUAUACGAAGAGAUGAGGGAUCGGAUCGACAUAGCCACUAGGCUAGCCCGAAUUCCAUCAGAUAUACGGAACGAACACAAGGGAUUUUGCGAGUGGGACUUGGUUUCAAGCGCGCGCAACCACCCGGCUAUCCUUCAAAUAUUAAUCGAUGGAAGAGAGACUAAGGUCGUGGGUAUUGAAAAUCAUGAUAAAUUGCCAACUUUGGUAUACCUAUCACGAGAGAAGAGACCUCAUCGUCACCACAAUUUCAAGGCUGGGGCCAUGAACGCCCUGAUUCGGGUGUCAUCGAAGAUGAGCAAUGGUCCGAUAAUCCUUAACGUGGACUGCGACGUUUACUCUAACAAUUCGGAAUCGGUGAGAGAUGCAAUGUGCUUCUUCAUGGAUGAAAACAAGGGCCAUGAGGUUGCUUAUGUACAGUAUCCCCAGAGCUACAAUAACCUCACCAGGAAUGAUCUCCAUGGCAUCUGUUUCAGGGUCCUUAACGAGGUGGACCUGGCAGCCAUGGAUGCCAAUGGGGGGCCUUGCUAUAUUGGUAGUGGGUGCUUCCACAGAAGAGAAAGUCUGUGUGGGAUGAAAUAUGACAGAAAAGAAUGUGGAGGACUAGAUCAAUGGAGGAAAGAAACGGAUAAAAAUGAGAAACAAAGUGCAAUUGUAUUGGAGGACAUGUCCAAGGUUUUAGCAAAUUGUACCUAUGAAGACAACACUCAAUGGGGAAGGGAGAUGGGCGUGAAAUAUGGUUUUCCAGCAGAAGACAUAAUCACAGGGUUGUCAAUACACUGCAGAGGUUGGAAAUCCAUCUACUUCAACCCAGAAAGGAAGUCCUUCACGGGAGUUGCUCCCACCACGCUGUUACAAGCUCUAGUGCAGCAAAAGAGGUGGUCCGAAGGCCAGUUCCAGAUAUUCCUCUCGAAAUAUUGCCCCUUGGUUUAUGGCCGCGGAAGAAUCCCCUUGAACCUUCGAAUGUGUUACGCUAUCUACGCGCUCUGGGCUCCGAAUUGCUUGCCCACUUUGUACUACGUUAUCGUCCCGUCCCUUUUUUUGCUCGGAGACGUCUCCUUGUUUCCACAGAUAACAAGCUUGUGGAUUCUCCCCUUCGCAUACGUCCUAAUCGCCAAGUACGGUUGCAGUCUAGCUGAAUUCAUUACCUGUGGUGGCACGCCCCUUGGUUGGUGGAAUGAACAGCGAAUAUGGGUAUUCAGAAGAACAACUUCCUUCUGCUUCGCCUUCCUCGAAACCAUCGCAAGGCAAUUAGGCUUCACCAAACUAGAAUUUGUAGUCACUGCAAAGGUGUCCGAUAGCGAAGUGUAUCAACGAUACUUGCAAGAGACCAUGGAGUUCGGUUCGCCUUCGCCCAUGUUUACCGUUUUAUCCACGAUUGCGAUGAUCAACUUGUUGAGCUUUGUCUGGGGUUUGAAGAGGAUGAUCAUGGAUGCGAAAUAUGGGGUUUUGGAGCAACUGGGAUUACAAAUUGUGUUGUGUGGGGUUAUUGUUUUGAUCAACUUGCCUGUAUACAAAGGGCUUUUCUUCAGGAGGGACAAGGGGAAGAUGCCCUCCUCUGUCAUGUACAAGUCAGUUAUGUUGGCUUUUUUGGCCUGUUCAAUUGCCUUGUACUUAGUUUAGCAUUGAUGGGCCUUUUGGUAAUCUUUAUGUACCUUAUACAAUUUGUUACUUUUGUGCGCGCGCACACACACAAUUUGAAAUAACCUAAAUAUUUGGUAUGAAGGUGUGAAUUCUCUCA